GUAAGACGCUGGGAUCACGCACAACAGAUUCAACGGCCAAAGUGCUUAGGCGUGAUAUAUAGUCCAGCCCUAAGUGAUAGCGCCGGCCCUGGAACUAAAUUGUCCAACGCUGCCAGCGAUAGAUAACCUCAAAAAUUUGUAUUGUAUUUAACCUCAAAAUUUGUGUACAUUGGAAUAGUUGAAAUGGAAAUUUCUAAAAAAUUGAUAAGUCAGUGUAAUUAUAUUGGAAAUCGGUGCUUCAUUAAGGAGAUCACAUUAAAAUGGAGUGUCCAUUUAACAGAAGAAGAUUUGCGAGAACAAAUUUCCGAUGCAAUGUCCUUACUACAAUUUAUUGCGCUAGUUUGUGAUGGUGAAGAACGUAUAUCGCAUAAUCUCUACACACAAGGUCACUGCCUGUUUGACGCUCUGUUAUUUUUGUCUCGAAAUGAUGUUGAUGAACUGAUGUACACGCUGUUGCAUAUCUUACAAAAUUUGGGCAGUAAUCUAACGCUAAAUCUGAAACUGUGCAAUGUCUCGCUACGUAUACGAAAUGUGAAACCAUUCCAAACACUUGUGAUCAUCGCAGUAUCACAUAUUCUAAGGAGAUUUUGUAAAUUUAAUUCACACCACACUGUAAUGUUGCAGUUGAUAAGGUCUGUGCUUGGUACACUGAAUUCUCUGGCAACCUCUCCAUUAUGCGUAUGUUGUUUGAAUGUACUGCAUACUCUAGUCAAGAAAGCCGGUGCACAGUUACAUAUUUGCCAGGCGGAUAUCAUACAGCACAUGUAUCUUUUUAUAAAAGCAGUACAUCACAAGCAGGCGACAAAAUGUGCCGAUGAAGUAUUGGGAUUGGUUAUCAAACAAAUGAGUACCGAUGACAAAUUAAUUCUAUUCAAAAAGAUUAGUCGAAUGGCGUGGUGGAAUAAAGGUGAAUGCGCCAUUGUUAUUCACCUGAUUAAUUACUGGCCCACUAAUGUGAAAUUACGUCCGUUUAUAUGUGCGAUGACCACACGUUUGGCUGUUAUGCUGUUAGAGAACGUUACCGAUCAUUCCAUAAAGUUAUUACGGAUUAUAAUAACUCACAUUAGCCUUGACGUUUGGCAAGAUGCAUUUAUUCCUAAUAUUGUCAUCGUUGUAGAGUCCCACUGCGAUAAUGAAUGGGAUAUUAUUUCGAAGACAAUAUCACAGUGCGUAAAAGUGGGAGUACUUCAUUUUAAAUCGCAAAUGUACAAUGGAAUAAGGUCGAGUUUAUUAUUUAGCUGUUAUUCUGCUAUUGUUCUCUACCACUCUAUUGAACAGGAUUGUCUUAACAUAAACGAUUAUCGAGAGGAUAUUGUAAAGUUACUGCAUUCACCCAACGCUACAAUGCAGUACUACGCUUUGAAGGCUGUAUGUAAUUUCAAUCGCAAACGGUCGCAGUUAACCGAUUGGCAUGUAGACUGCAUAAAGUACUAUUUGCAAAGUGCCUUGUUUUCGAGCAACAAUUUUUACGAUAAGGAACUGCACUAUUUUUUAUCACACUUGGUCAUGCAAGCUAAUCAGGUCUUAAUAAGUGAGCAAGUUGCCCAACACCAUAUCGAGUUUAUGCAGUGGCUGUAUGAGAUGAUUCGUCUGGCAUUGUUGAGUAAAAGCUCAAGGCGGAUUAAAGUAGGCACGCAAAUUUUAACUUUAGUUCAAAGUACUGUUGUACGAAAUGACCAAAGAAUCAAGUACAAAAUUGAGGAUUCCAUUAAUCCGAACCUGUUCUUCGCCCAUCUGAGGGAAACAAAUCAGUGGCCGUGUAUGAGUGAUGGGUUUUAUAUGGAAAUUUUAGAAAGCUGGCUAGUAUCUAAGAAGGUGUACCCAGAGUUGUACACUCUGAUAGAAAGUCAGUCAAAUGUAUAUAUUAAGACGUGCACAACUAUUAACCAAUCAUUCGAAAAUAAACUGGAUAAGGAAUCGAUAAUGAAAGCAAAUUUCUGCAUUUUAAAUUUGAUUAAAUCGUGUCCUAGUAAGAAAGAGUCAUUAGUUACUAAUAUAGUUACCAGGUGGCAUAGUAUUGCAUUGAGCUCAUCCGAUAGACAAAUUGAUGUCCAUGGAGUUGCUUUGGUUUACGGUCUUACUCUGUGCGUUUCUUUGCUGUUACAAAGGAAUUUGUUGAUUGGAGAUUAUCCUUUGAUAUUCGACACAUGUUUGCAGAUCGGAAGAAAUUUGCUUGGAAAAGAUUCUACAGAUAAUGUUCUUGUACUUAAGAAUGUCGAGCAAACUCUUGUUGCUAUGAUGGAUGUGCUGUGCUUCAUUUUGAAAACUGUACGCGACGACGCAAUCGUUCGACGAUUUUUUGAAUUUUUAGGUGAAAUAAUGGAGCAGGGAAGCGGAAAAAGCGUAACCUGCGCUGUCGCAGGUGCACUGCACACUAUCUGCCGUAACAUAUUUGAAACUUCUGUGGACUUACAAGCUCCUGCCAUUCAGUAUUUGGAUUUUGUUCUGAACUCUAUGUAUCGGACAUCUGAGGUGAAGAUAUCUAAACUUCGUAAAAAUCCGGAACAUCGUUUGAUAAUUCAUUCUGUCGUCUCUGCGGAAAAAUACCCCACUCAUCCUAAUUUACAUCAUUCAAUGGACUUCAUGUUAGACGUCGUUUCGAGUCCCUACCCAAAGCAUAACAUGAAAGAAUCUGCGCUACACACUUUCGAAAUAUUGAUUUCCGAUAGUAACCUUGUCACCCAGACAUCUCCAUAUAUUACUAGAAUAGCUAUUCAUGCUAUUGAAGGGUUUUCCAGCAGUUUUUGGAAUGUGAAGAAUGCAUCAAUUCAAGUUCUUCAAGCGCUUAUGAACAGACUGCUUGGACAAAAGAACAGCUUAACCAAUCGUCGUCGCUAUGGCAUUGAUGACCUCGUUCUUUUGUAUCCUGAUCUAAUAUUAUACUUCAUCACACAACUAUAUGGAAGCAUUGAUGUAGCUAACUGUGAUAGCAUUAUUGCCAUUUUAGGUUUAUUAUCUGAAUCUUACUACUCCUCAUUUCAUGCAUAUUUAGACAAAAAUGUAGCUUUUAUACAUAAAAGCUUACAGACAGCCUUCAUAUAUUUAAUUCGCACUAGUGAAACUGUAGGGUAUUUUGCGGCUAACGCUUAUGCCGCUUUGUAUCCCUCUACUUUUGUACCUGAUAUUAUCUGUGAUAUUUCUACGUGGUUGAAACUGAACUUCACUUUUAUCAAUCAGAAUGUGUUCGCCUCGGUUAUGUCAUUGCUCGCUACGUUCCGUAAAACAUUUCACACAUUUCAUUACGAUGAGACUGCUUUAAGACAUAAGAUAGAUAGUACCUUUAGGGACUUGGAACUGUUUUUAAAACAAUUUAACAAGUAUGAAAUGUCGUUGUAUAAUUUUUUAGGAAUUCAGCUCAAUUCUUACAGAGAAUUACAAGAAAAGACAAUCGUAAUGCUUUCAAAUGGUCAUAAUUUUGCAAACCGAAUUUGGUUAAAUAAUAAUUUAAUUCGAGUUCUAAAUAAUAUCGAUAUUGCAGACUAUCCCAGUUUUCUAGAACGUAUAUUGGGUUUGUCUGUCAAUUUGAUGACUGUAAAGCAGUGUGUGAAUAGCAUUAUAACUCGCUACAGCGAAUUGGUGGAUAGUUCUCUUACAAGUACAGUACUCAAAGUAAUGUUGCUUAGCUUAAUGGGUUUAACGCACCCUAAUGAUUUCGUAUUAAUUACAUAUACUAGGAUCAUUUUGUCAUUGCUGGCUUCGGAGUAUUGUUACUCAUGUUCUGAGAAUUUCAUUGUGAAGCUGCGAAGUUACUGUGUAACAGGGGAUAGAAACUUGUAUAAAUUAUCAGUUUAUAUCGCUAUGCUAGCCCAUUGCUCCAGCUAUGUUGAGGAUAGUACACUGUUGCACGAAAUCGCCUUGCUUUAUAAACAUUCUACCCUUUGCUGUGAUAUUGAGCUCCAAAUGUUUCUUUCUUCAACAUUGAUGUAUCUCUACAAUUGUGUAGGCCUCACUCUUAGACCUUUAGUUUACGAAAUUGCCUUCAUUCUGCUAUUUGUACCUGAAUGCUCGUUGGAAGUUAGCAGAUUCCUCUCAUUUGUAUUUGAGACGCCAUAUUGCGAAUUACUUACUGUACUUGUAAGUUUUUUAUCUGCUCAUAAUUUAAGUAAGAGUUUGGAAUCUCCAGAAAGGACACUUGCUUUUCUAAAUAACUUGAAACGGUUUGUUUUGCUACUCGGUGACGAAUUUGAAGAUUGUGGUAUGUUUUAUAUGAGGCAAAACGAAGAAAUCUGUUCGCACAAGCUUAGUAUAUUAAAACUGUUAGAUGAGCAGAUCGAUAUUGCGUCAGAUCUUUUAGCUGAAGUGUAGGUGAAACCUGCAUGGAUAACAAGUGCACAGAAUAGGAAGCGCGUAGUUCCAAAUCAGAUUGCCUGCUGUGUCGUUAAUCUCAUGGGUGUGUAGGGCCACACUAUAUUUGUGCCAAGUGAGUCAAAUGGUGAUGAAAACGUACUUUUAGGCUUAGUGGUAAUGUAAGUACGUUAGGUACAGCUGUCUCUUUUGUGUCAGUAAUUCAAUUCAAAGAUUCUUCCCAUAGUUGGAUCUUCGUAGUCCACUAUUCACAACACCGGUAACUUGAAACUGAAUGCGCUCUGUUACAGUCUGCGAAUCACGAACUGUUUAUAGAUUAUUUGUUUGGUAAGAAAAAUGUCAUUAUGAUGUGAAAGUAAAAUU